AUGGACAGACAGGAAGAACUUGGCAUGGCAGUUGCCGCAGUCAGUGGUGAGAAUUCGGUUCCGAGUGGCAGCAGCAGCGAGAGAGAAAAGCCCAGAGAGCACCAGGAAUGCCCACUUGGACCUUCACCCUGUUGCUGGAUUAAUCAAAAUGGGCCUUCAGCCGUGACUUGGCAGCUGAAGGAGAGCGCUGCGAGCCUAGUUCGCUAUCCUCAGCGUCUGACCUUACCGGACUGCUCUAUGGGCACCUCCUUGAGCAGGCCAUGCCCCUCCCCCCAUCCCCGGGCUCUGCGGGGUCCGCACCUGCCAGGAGGGCUGGUCCGCCCCCACCGGGCUCACUGUGGCCGCAGACAACUCUUGGAGGCCAGGGCUCGCCCGGCGGUCCAGGCCCCGGGGUCCACUCACAGGCGGUCCUCCAAGUACCCCGCAAGUUGGCAUCCGCGCUCAGUCCUAGCAGCUUGGAGAAGGUACUCCGGGACCCUGGCGACCCCGCGCUUUCUUCUGGGGCUUCUUACCUCCUCCUGUAGGUGGGGCUGCCGGCUGAAAUCAGUGCUGUCAGAUGCCAGAUCACAGAUGUCCUGCCGCUGCCGCUCCGAGUCCAUCGUGGACACGGUCACCCCCUGUCUGCUGCAGAAGCGGGUCAUCACUGGGCUGCGGCCCUCAACACCCAGAAAUGACCAUGGUGACUCCACAGCGGAGCAGGUGUGCAGAAAUCCCAGACAGAGCGGCAAAGGGACAGCCCAGAUAGAGACUCACAGAAAGGACCCUAAAGGCACUGAAGCCCCACAGGGGGCAUUUAGGCGCCUGGGGGUCCACGGAGGCCUCUCUUCCUUUGUGCCCAGGCCUGGGCCUCUGCUGAGAGCCGUCCCCCGGAAAGAGAGCUCAGAAGACCCAUACAAUAAGAAGUCCCCCAGCUCCCACAGGAGCUCCUGCCCCACUCGAAAUGCCAUCACCAGUUCUUACAGUUCCACCAGGGGCUGCCACCCGGUCCAGAAGAAGAGGCGUCUGGCCACAAGUCAGGCCUCGCAGCCCCCGAGGUCCCCCAAAAAAGUCAGCCAAGAGAGCCCCUUGUGUCCUGCCGGAGUGCCUGCACUUUGCCAAAAGAACCAGCCGGAAAAGGCUGCCGAUACCACCACGGGGCAGAAGGCAGCGCAGAGGAACUGCUCAUCCCCAGCUGACUGUUCCAGGCCCCGAAAACGCAAGUUUCCUCUGCUGCCACACAGGCGAGGGGAGCCUCUGAGGCUGCCAUCACCCCCUGAGCCGGGGUUUCGAGUGACUGUUGAGGACCUGGACCGGGAAAAAAAAGCUGCUCUCCAGCGCAUCCAAGAUGCUCUUCGAGGGGACACAGAGGCCACCUGCAGCUGUGGCCCAGCUAGCCCAUCCAGUGCCUUGGCCCUGCCUGCUGCAGUGGCUGCUCCCCUGCCAGCCUCUGACUCCCAGGUCACCUCCAGGGACUGCUCCAGUUCUUCCCAGCCUCUCCCCUUGGGGUUUCACCCUGGCUGCAGUGGGAGCAACGUUGCAUCUACCCAGGCACUCUCGAUGCCGUCCGGGGACAUCACAGCCUCAGUCACAGUCCCCCCAGGGCUGCCUGCACUGCCUGGAGGUAGGGGCAACCCGGGAUCCACUGCCCAGGCCCCACUCGGGGCUGUUGGUGGGCAGUGGCCCGGAGCGAGCACCCUUCAAAUCUCUCCCGCGCAUGGACAGCCGGCAGCUCAGGCUCCAGACCCACUCCAGGCCCUGAGCACGGCAAUAGUCCAGCUGUCCUUGGGCAGUGGCACCCAGGUAGGUUAUGUGGUUCCCUUACCUGCAUCUGCCUCCCGGGGGACCCGUCCCAGUGCCCAGCCAGCCUCGGUUACCUCCUCUGCUGUCCUCGCCCCUGGCGCAGCUGCUGCCCCUGGCUUGACAGCGGCCCACCACUUGCCCAGCGCUGUGUCCCAUGCUGGAUUAGGGGCACUCUGCAUCUCAGCAGCAACGAGCAGGGCCCCAAAUGGCCCGCAGGGCUCCAGGGCAAGCCUGGGCCUGAACACAGGGGGCCGCCCACGCCAGAGCACCUUGUCGGGGACCGCUGGAGCCAGCACGACGAACCAGCCUGUGUCGGGAGCCCCGAGUUUCCCUCCCUUCAGUCACAUCCCCAGGAAACUGAGCCGGAAGAGGUCCAGAUCAGACGGCUACAGCACUUCCAGCAAGGCUGCCUGCAGGGACGGGAGCAUCCUGGCCUUUCCUCCUAGUGGCCCCACGUCCCUGGUCAGCAAGGCCCAGAGCAGCCUUGCCACCAAGACCCCCUCAUCCCCUGCCCUGCGUAUGAUUAAGUGCAAAAGAGCUGCAACGUGUAAUAAGGCAUCUUCCGCCACAUCACAGCCCACUGCAGCUGCCCCUGGCUUGGCAGUUGCCGCCCAGGGCUCCAGGGCAAGCCUGGGCCUGAACACAGGGGGCCGCCCACGCCAGAGCACCCUGUCGGGGACCACGGGAGCCAGCACAACAAACCAGCCUGUGUCGGGAGCCCCGAGUGCUCCUCCCGCUAGUCACAUCCCCUGGCACCAGACCAAGCAGAAGUCCAGAUCGGACGGCGGCACUUCCACCAAGGCUGCCCGCGGGGACGGGGGCGUCCUGGCCUCUCCUCCUAGCACCACCGCCUUUGUGGUCAACACGGCCCACACCAGCCUUGCCACCAAGACCCCCUCAUCCCCUGCCCAGAGAUUGAUUAGGUGCAAAAGAGCUUCACCGGGCAACAAGCCAUCUUCCUGCACAUCCCAGCCCACUACCGCUGCCCCUGCCUUGACAGCGGCCCGCCAAAUGCCUGGCGCUGUGUCCCAUGCUGGGCACCAGACCAAGGAGAGGUCCAGAUCGGACGGCGGCACUUCCAGCAAGGCUUCCCGCGGUGACGGGGGCGUCCUGGCCUCUCCUCCUAGCACCACCAGCUUUGUGGUCAGCACGGCCCACACCAGCCUUGCCACCAGGAACCCGUCAUCCCGUUCCCAGCACCUAAGAGGACGUAAAAGAGCUGCACCGUGCAAGAAACCAUCUUCUCCCCCAUCACAGCCCACUUCCUAA